AGUGUGAAAUACACCGGAAGUAAACCACAGAAGCGCAUUUAGCUUCAGCUGCACUUAUGUACUGCAAAUAGGGUGUUAUUAUAGUUCACUGAGAUUCUUACCGUUGCAACUAAACCCGAAUAAUGUCUGCAGUUCAGAGUUUGAGAGAGUUUGUCAACGAGAGACUGACUGCUGCUGCUGAUGAAAUAUUGGGAGUUUUUGAAAGAACUAUCGUCAAGUAUGAGGAAGAGAUUGAUCGUCAACGCAGACUGUUGAAAAUCUUACCCACAAUAAAGUUACACAGGAUUGAGCUCCCUCAGCAACAUGUCAGUAAGGAGGAGGAGGAUCUCGCUGAGCAGCAGCAGCAGCAGCAGCAGCACUGUAUUCAGGAGAACAGCUCCAGUCUGGGCCAAGAGGACCCAGAGCCUCCACAGAUUAAAGAGGAACAAGAGGCGCUGUGCAGCAGCGAGGAGCAGCUUGUACUGAAGCAGGACACUGACGACUUUAUGUUGACUCCGACUUGUAUGGAAAUUCAUCACAGUGAAGAUCAGACUCUAAACCUCACCAUCAAUGAGACUCAGAGUCCAGUUGAAGAAAAACCUCUAGGACAGUUUCAACUUCAACGCAAUGAAGCAUCAGAAGAAGGUAUUUUAAACACAAACAGUGACCACCAGCUCCUCUCUCACAACUCUCCACUAGCUGAGAGCCAAGAUCAGAAAGUUGGCACGUAUGGAGACUCGGGAUCAACUCAUGCAGAGCCAGAAUUAAACCAGCCAGAAAAUGCAGAGCCAGAAUUAAACCAGCCAGAUAAAACUAUUAGAGGUCAAAGCCACAAUGUUAACAGCACUACAUUGUCAGUAUUUCAUAAAUUCAAAUGUGAGAUAUGUGAAAAAGGUUUUCAGUACAACUCAAAAUUAAAGAGUCACAUGAGAGUCCACACGGGUGAGAAGCCAUAUUCUUGCAAAAUAUGUGGGAAAGACUUCAGAGGUAAAUGUAACUUAACCCUCCACCUGAGAGUCCACACAGGUGAGAAGCCAUAUUCUUGCAAAAUAUGUGGGAAAGACUUCAGAGGUAUAUGUAACUUAACCGUCCAUCUGAGAGUCCAUUCAGGUGAGAAGCCGUACGAUUGCAAGACCUGUGAGAGAAGAUUCAGUGAUAUAUCCGCAUUGAAGAAUCAUCUAAGAACCCACACAGGAGAAAAGCCAUUUCCUUGCCAAACAUGUGGAAAACAAUUCAGACACGUAUCAUCCUUGACUGUUCACAGUAGAACCCACACAGGUGAGAGGCCAUAUUCCUGCAAAACAUGUGGCAAAGGAUUCAAAUGUAGUAGUGAGUUAAAAAUCCACAUAAGAAGCCACACAGGUGAGAAGCCGUACCUUUGCAAGACGUGUGGUAAAAGAUUCAGUUACGGUUCAACAAUGACAACGCAUUUAAGGAUCCACACAGAUGAGAUGCCGUAUAGUUGCAAAACAUGUGGGAGAGUUUUCAGACGCAGCAGUGAUUUGUUAAGACACAUGAAAAAUGUCCACACUCGACACACACGCGAGGAACAACAUACACAGCAGAAGCCAUCGAGCUAAAACUGCUGAGGGAAAGUGUUCACAAACUUGAUGAAAUUCACUUUGCAGAAGCUAAAUGUACAUCACUUUAACCAAAAUGUCUUAAUUAAGAGAUUCAAAUGUUUUAUUUUAAAUGUUCCCUUCGUUUGACUGUUACAUAUACAUACAUUAUAAAUAUUUCCAUAAUUGGGGAUAAAUGAUAGUUCCACAGGGAGUUCACAGUACUGACUGUAGAAGCAAUGGUGUGAUCUUGAUGGAUGCUGGUUUUGUCUGAAUUUUUAUUUAUGAAGCAGCUUUGAAUAUGUGUUUUGUAAAUGUGCAACAAGGACUUCAAAUCCAUUUCUAUAAAACAAAAAAAUCACAUGAAAAGUCAUGCAUUUGUAAUGCCAUUAACUGUUUAGAAAGCAGUUGUGGUAGGAUUGACAAUAUGCUCCCCUUGGAUCUUGAAUAAAAUAUUUGAAUCAGG